AUGCGGCAUGCGUACCACGCACAGCGCAUGUGUGCCACGCUGCUGCAUAGCGGCGCUGUGAGUGGAACGGAUUGCUAUGUAACACUGCGGCUGCCAACAGCUUCGCAGGAGGAAGCAAGGACUCAAACAGUCCUUAAUUCAAGUGCACCUGUGUGGAACGAAACCUUCUAUUUCACAGUACAGAGUCAAGUGAAGAACAUCCUGGAACUGAAGAUUUACGAUGAAGACCUGCUCACCACAGACGACCUUCUCUUUACUGUCCUUUUUGAUGUAGCUGAAGUCAGUCCUGGAGAGAGAUUCCACACAACCUUCAUACUGAAUUCAGAGAGUAAGGAAGAACUGGAUGUAGAGUUCAUAAUGAAGGAAAAUCCGGAUCGUCUUGAGAAUCUCGUCACAAACAACAUCAUAGUGGCCCGUCCAGUUUCUUGUUUGAAUGUUUGUGUUUCCAAGGAGAAAAGUGCAAAGUAUUUUAAAGAAGAAGGUGACCUUGAACUGAGAAUGAAGGGAUCAUAUGAAGAUACAUGGAAAACUGUUUUGCAAUCUGGAUCGGUAGAAUGCUUUUAUUUCCACUAUCCGAUGCAUUGGGAACCACAAUUAAACGCCCACCUGCAGCAUUGCUCAAGUAAUGGGGAGCAAGACAAACAGAAUUCAUCUGCAUCCUUGACUAUGCCUCUGAAAUCACUUUCUGCGGGGCAGGAGGUGAAAGUAAUUCUUACUGCAUCAGAGGAUACUAAUUUGGAAGUUAAAUUGCAUACACAGACUUGCUCAGAACACCUUGAUGUGCGUUUGAGGUUUGACCUAUGUGGAGAGGAAAAGACUUUUCUACAUAAACGGAAGAAAGUGGUUGCAGCUGGUCUUAAAAGUGUCCUCCAGCUAGAAGAGGAUUUGUUGGAUCAUGAGGUGCCAGUAGUUGCAGUCAUGGCCACAGGAGGUGGAUGCAGAGCAAUGACGUCUCUUUAUGGGCAGCUUUCAGGACUUAAGAAGCUUGGCAUUCUGGACUGCAUAACAUAUAUCAGCGGUACCUCGGGCUCGACUUGGACCAUGUCAAAUUUGUAUGAAGAUUCUAAUUGGUCCCAAAAGGAUCUGGAGAGGCCAAUCCUUGAAGCCAAGAAGCAUAUGGGAAAGAAUAAGAUAAGCACCUUUUCUCUGGAGAAUCUGAUUUACUAUCAAGAGGAGCUGAGACAGAGGGCCAAAGAGGGCAUCUCUACUUCUUUUAAUGACCUGUGGGCCGUAGCUCUGGAGAAUAUCUUGCACGAUGGGGUGAAUGAUUUUAAACUAUCUGAUCAGCAACAGGCUGUGAAUCAAGGGCAAAAUCCCCUACCCCUCUAUUUAGCCCUCAAUGUGAAAGAAAACCAUAUUUCUACUUUUGAUUUCAAAGAAUGGUGUGAAUUCUCCCCCUAUGAAGUUGGUUUUCUGAAAUACGGUGCAUUCAUCCAUUCAGAAGAUUUUGGAAGUGAAUUCUUCAUGGGGCGGCUAAUGAAGAAAAACCUAGAGUCCCGGAUCUGUUAUUUAGAAGCGUUGUGGAGCAAUAUUCUUGCUGUGAAUCUGCUUGAUGUCUGGAAUAAGCUGAGCAGUACAGAUGAAUCUUGGCAGAAACUUAUCAGAAGCAAAAUAAGAAACAUUGAGAGAAAUCAUAUUCCACCAGAAAGCUCUACUUACUUGGGGACCUCUUGGAUGUGUCCUGAUGGGAAGCUCUUUCAGAUUAUAAGAAAUAUUUUAACUGAUCGUCCAUUGCACCAUCACAUCCAUAACUUCCUCAAUGGUUUCCAUAUGCAUAAAGACUAUUACCAGGAGAGUCAGUUCUCUACAUGGAAAGACAGCCGGCUGGACCAGUUUCCUAAUCAACUGACACCUUCAGAAGAAGGUAUCUGCCUGGUCGAUGCUGCAUAUUUCAUCAAUACUAGCUGUCCCCCGCUCUUGAGAAAGGAGCGGAAAGUAGAUGUCAUCUUAUCAUUUGAUUACUCUCUGGACAACCCUUUCCAGUCUAUAGAACAAACCAGCCAAUACUGCUUGGAGCAGGGAAUUCCUUUUCCCAGGAUUUCAUUGAGUGAGGAAGACAAGAAAAAUCCCAGAGAAUGUUACCUAUUUGUGGACGAGGAGAAUAACAAAUCCCCCAUUGUGCUUCAUUUCCCGCUUGUGAAUGAUACAUUCCAGAAAUUUAAAGAACCAGGUGUGGAACGUAGGCAAACCGAGAUGGCAGAAGGCAUAGUCCCUCUAUCUGGCUAUUGCUCACCAUACCAGCUGAUGAACUUUACAUACACUAAGAAAGACUUUGACAAACUCCUGAAACUGACUGACUAUAACAUCCAGAAUAGCAGAGACUUCAUUCUUCAGGCUCUCUCCAUGGCCAUAGAAUGGAAAAAAUGUGGCCGGAAAUGUGCCCAGCCAUGUGACUCUUCUUAGGAUCCCUUGCCUGCUUUUACCAGCAAUGUAUGGCUUCCUCCUCCUAGUAGAUCAUCAAGCCUUUUGCUUUGCAGAGGAGGAUGAUUGGCAGGUCAAUGGAGUUCAACCCCCAAACAGAUGGAGGUUACUAUCCUGUACACAUUUAUUAGAGAGAGCAAGUCAUAUUAAACUCAGAAGGCCUCACUUCUGAGCUAACAUCCUUAGGACUUUCACUGUAAGAAAUCUCAAAAUGGCGAUGCCUUGCUUCUUAUCUUUACUUGUCCUUCAAGCACUUAAAUCAGGUAUAUGGAGGCUGUGGACCUCGAGAUGUAGACUGACACCCACCAGCCACAGCCAGCAGGACUAAAGCAAAGGACGAUGGGAGUCUUAGUCCCACAA